AUGGCGGGUUUCACUGCACGUCUUACGUUCAUGGCCCUUGCUCUGGCUAGCACUGUGACGGCCGCUCCGCCCUCUACUCCGGCCAUCAUGGAGCGUGCUGCGCAGGUUACCAUGGUGCUGCCACUGGGUACCGUGAUCGGUACGUCGUCGAACGGCGUCGAGUCCUACAACGCGAUCCCCUUUGCCCAGCCUCCUACUGGAAACCUGCGUCUUAAGCCCCCCGUUAAGCGGACGGCGUCCUACGGUGUGCUCGACGGCACCGGCCCUGCCGCGGCCUGCCCACAGUUUGUUGAGAGCACCAGCGGCUCGCUUCUGUCUUCAGUGAUCGGUACACUGGCCAACAGUCCGUUUAUACAGACGACGACGGACCAGACCGAGGACUGCUUGACCAUUGAUGUCUACCGCCCCGCGGGCACGAAGGCGACUGACAAACUGCCGGUCUUGUUUUGGAUUUUUGGUGGUGGCUUCGAGCUUGGCUGGACUUCCAUGUACGACGGCGCUGGCCUCGUAGCCGUCAGCAUUUCCCUUGGCAAGCCCAUGGUCUUUGUUGCCGUCAACUACCGUGUUGGUGGCUUUGGCUUCCUGCCGGGUGCUGAGGUCUUGGCUGAUGGCGCGUCCAAUCUGGGCCUGCUCGACCAGCGCAUGGGACUCGAGUGGACUGCCGACAACAUUGGCUAUUUCGGCGGUGACUCCGGCAAGGUUACCAUCUGGGGCGAAUCGGCCGGUGCGAUCUCGGUGGCUGACCAGAUGAUGCUCUACAACGGCAACAAUACAUACAAAGGCAAGGCCCUCUUCCGUGGUGCCAUUAUGGACUCUGGCUCGAUUGUGCCUGCGGACCCCGUCGACUGCCCCAAGGGCCAGGCUGUUUACAACCAGGUGGUCGCCAAGGCGGGCUGCUCGAGCUCUUCGGAUACCCUGGCCUGCCUCCGCGCUGCGCCCUAUAAUACAUUCCUAAACGCCGUCAACUCCGUGCCGGGAAUUUUGUCGUACAGCUCCGUCGCCCUCUCGUACCUGCCGCGUCCAGAUGGUGUCGUCUUGGUUGACAGUCCCGACGUUUUAAUUACGAACAACAAGUAUGCCGCCGUGCCGAUGAUCAUUGGUGACCAGGAAGACGAAGGAACCCUCUUCUCGCUCUUCCAGAGCAACAUCACCAAUACAAACCAGCUGGUGACCUACUUAUCCGACUACUAUUUCCACAAUGCCACCACCGCCCAGAUACAGGCCCUUGUCGCCACUUACCCCGACAACGCCAGCGCAGGCUCGCCCUUCAACACUCUGCUGCUCAACGAGGUCUACCCAGAGUUCAAGCGCCUGGCCGCCAUCCUCGGCGACCUUGUGUUUACUCUGACGCGGCGUGCCUUCUUGGCCGAGACCAACAACCGCAACCCGUCCGUGCCGAGCUGGUCCUACCUCGCCAGCUACGAUUACGGCACCCCCGUUCUGGGCACCUUCCACGGCAGUGAUCUGCUGCAAGUCUUCUACGGCAUCCUGCCGAAUGCCGCCAGCAAGAGCAUCCACAGCUACUACUUCAACUUCCUGUACAACCAGGACCCCAACAACGCCUCCGGCGGUACCAGCAGCACUGCAAGCCGGGUCAGCCUUACCUGGCCGCAGUGGGGUGCGGGCAACCAGCUGGUGCAGUUCUGGGCCGCGACGUCGAACCUGUUGGCCGACAACUUCCGCAACUCUAGCUACACCUGGAUCACUUCCAACAUUGCGUCGCUGCACUUCUAA